ACGAUCCCGUUGCCAGGACUCCACAGCCUGCACUCCUCCUGCAGCGAUCGAUGGGGUCCGUGGUGCGGAUGGGGCCCUGCGGCGGCGGCGGCGGGGGCGCCCGGGACGUGGACACGCGCGGCGUCGACCGCGUCGCCAGGGUGGCCGUUCGCCACGGGGACGCCGUCCACGCCGUGUCCGUCCUGUACGAGCGCGGCGGGCGCCAGGAGUGGACCGACCUAUGGGGCGGCCCCGGCGGGGAGCUCGCCGAGAUCUGCCUGCGCCCGGGCGAGCACCUCACCAGCGUGGAAGGCCACUGCGGCGAGUUCGAGGGCAGCUUCGUGGUGCGCGCGCUCACGCUCAUCAGCAACCGCCGCGCCUACGGGCCGUACGGCCGCCCCGGCCCGGACGGCGUCCCGUUCGCGCUCCCCGCGGCCGGCGGCAGGAUCCUCGGCUUCCACGCGCGCUCCGGCCGCCACCUCGACGCCAUCGGCACCUACGUCAAGGUCGAACGACAAGAGAGAGAGCAGAGAUGACCACGUUGACCCCGAGGGAUCCAGCUAGGGCUCAUGUAAGUCGCCGUCCCGUACGAGAACGCCUGCUCAUGUAGUCAUGUUCUUCGACUUGUACCCGUGCAGUAGUGAAUGUGAAUCACCAUUGGUCUUUAACCACCCCAGUGAUUCUGCAAUCUCAUCGCUCGGCUUGCAC